GGCCAAUGGAAAUCCCGAAAAACGCAUAUAAAACAUCUUAUAUGAUUAUACGACUUCUAUAUUCUCACCUUAUUGUGCUUCAUAUACUUCUCUCGAAGACUUCGUGUUGAAAGAGCGACCAGUGCUCUUUCUCUCUCUCUCUCACGAUACUUGUUCGAUUCCCUUUGUUUUCACAGCCCGCUUGAGAAUCUCAGAGUGCCACAAACUCCAACAUUGCAAACUUGAGACACCUCUGAAACUAAACUCAGACAAGUUCGUUCAGGUUUCGCUACGGUUGAGAAUGGCUCUUCUGAUGGAUGAGGAACACAGUCUUGUGGAAGAAACAGCUGUUAUGGAAGAUUCCUCUGAUGUUGAAUUUGCCUUUGGGGAUCCAUUAGUUGAGCCUCGUGUUGGAGACGAGUUUCAGAUCGAGAUUCCUCCUAUGAUGUCUGCAUCCAAACGUGCUGCAUAUCUUUCGACUCCUCUAGCUCUGGAUGAUUCCUCAUAUUCAUUUCUCACCGGACUUCCUGUUCAAGUAAUGUGGAUGGACAAACAUAAAAAAGGACAAGGUAACGGAGAUGAUAAUGUUGACAUGAACCAAUCUUUGAGGUCUUUUAAAACGAGAAGAAGUCGUUGCUCUGCCAAGAUGAGAGGCGAGAGUGACAAGAAUUCGGAAUCCAAGAAGCAAAGACUGAAUCUUGAGGUUGUUCCCGAGAUACCAUCCAGCUCUUGGGAAGAUUCUGAGGUGGCUAGCUUUGUUCUUGGCCUGUAUACAUUCGGGAAGAACUUUACUCAGGUGAAGAAAUUCAUGGAGAAGAAAGGAACAGGGGAUAUAAUGUUGUUUUACUAUGGGAAGUUCUACAAUUCAGCUAAAUUCCACAGCUGGUCUGAGUCUCGCAAGAAGCGGAACCGGAAAUGUGUAUAUGGAAGAAAGCUCUAUUCAGGUUGGAGGCAACAGCAGUUGUUAUCCCGUUUGAUUCCUUCUAUCCCCGAUGAAUCUCAGAAACAGAUGCUUGUGGAUGUCUCAAAGUCAUUUGCUGAAGGGAAUAUCACUCUGGAGAAGUACGUAAGCGCGAUGAAGGAUCUUGUGGGUCUCAAGCUUCUGGUAGACGCUGUGGCUAUUGGUAAAGAGAAAGAAGAUCUCACGGUUCUUGCAGCAGGACCAGUGAAGACCAAACCAUGGUUCACGGUUUCUCCAAAAACUUCUUCGGUCCCGGGCUUAGGAGCUUACACUUCACUCACAUCUGCUGACAUAAUAAACCAGUUAACCGGCAGUUCGCGUCUAAGCAAAGCCCGUUGCAAUGAUAUCUUCUGGGAGGCUGUAUGGCCGCGUUUGCUCGCCAGAGGAUGGCAUUCAGAGCAGCCCAAGGACAGAGGCUAUUUUACAUCUAAGGACAACAUUGUCUUCAUUGUCCCUGGCGUGAAACGGUUUUCAAGAGGGGAGCUUGUCAAAGGCGAUCAUUACUUUGAUUCCGUCAGUGACAUUUUAACAAAGGUUGCUUUGGAGCCUGAUCUUCUUGAGUUUGAAGCAGGAGGAGCGCCCGCCAAUGAUUUUGUUGUUGCAGAGAACUCUUCCGAUAAAUCAGAUGAAGAGUCCUCCCCUUCUGAUAGUCGAAGACACCGUUACCUCAGGUCUCCAUGUUCUAACCGUGGAACUCAGUCAAUGAAGUUCACUGUUGUGGACACUAGUUUGGCUGCAGGAGGAAAGUUGUGUGAUAUACGGAAUCUGAAUGCGGAAUCUCUAGUUUCUGAGCCAAAGACUCGCGUAGGAGAUAAAGAUUCUUCUGUGGUGGAAACUUCCCUAGACAGUCAGAAUGUGGAAAAGUCCCAAGUGAUGCCUCUGGAUACCAAGAACCAAGUUGUUGACCCAAUGCGAUUCACGAUUAUUGAUACGAGUCUGAACCACCGUGAAAAAUUAUCUGGGUUUAGGAGAUGGAGACACUUACCAGAUGAUGACACGAACAGGGGUGCUGUAGGGGCAGAUCCUAGUAUAAAAGAGGAGGAGACUUUGGAGAAAAUUAAAGAUCCAUCAAAGAGGCUGAUUAAGCAUAAGUAUACCCAACGAGCAGAAACUGAUUAUCAUUCAGUAAGCUCUGCCCCAUUGUUGAAACGCAGACGGCUCAGUGCUUGCAUAAGGAGGGACAAAAGCCUUUCAAGAGAAAGUCCAGUGUUCGAACAUGUACCGGUUGAUGACAUGAAAAGGACGGUCUGUCCUGAACCGGACCACUUGAGUUUAUGUGCGGUCCACCACCAAAAUAGCACCCGUGAAGCGAUGAGUGAGGACAAAGAGAGAGAUGACACUGUGUUAUCGGUUGAUGAUAUGAACUUAAAGUCUGAUCAAUCACAAUGGACUGGAACUGGACCCUCUUCUUCGCUUGUUGAGGUUCAAGAAAUGUCAGAGGUCGAACCAAAUGGGUUAAGUUCCAUCUCCGGUGCAGACAGCAACUGUUCUCCAGAGGAGAUAAGAACAUCCCCUGAACUCAUUUCAUCAGAAAAAGAACCAAACGGGUUCUGUUCAGUGUCAGAUUCAGGCAAAAAAUGCGCUUCCAAUGAUCUGGAACGAGAGCAAGCAGUUGAGCCCCCUUCCGUUUCAGGCUCAAACAUUAGUUCUUCUUCCAAUGAUCUGGGAACUACUCAAGAGCUUGGUUCAUCAGAACAACAACAGCACGGCCAACAGACAAAUACAGAUGGUCCUAGAAGACAAAGCACAAGAAAGCGACCUUUGACCACCCGGGCUCUGGAAGCUCUUGAAUCUGGCUUCUUUACAACCAAGAGAAUGAAGAGCACGGCUCAACCGAGAAAACGCGAAAGUUCUAGGAAGAAAAAGCAGACGGCUAAAGCGUGUAACAGGGCACAGCUUUUGCCAGACAAUGAGAGUGCAGACUUGGAGCAAAGAGGAGAAGAUGGAAGCAUUUUUGCAAAGAAAGCAACAGCAUGUAAGCCCUGGGAUCAAGUAGAGGAUCAAAAGCCUAGCUUUCUUCAAAAUGGAGCAACAACUGAGAGUAAGGCUGUGGAUCGAAGACAGGAUUUAAAGCCGGUGCUAACUGAACAUCCUAAACUUCCACCGAUUGUUUUGAAGCUUUCAUUUAAGCGUAGCAGAGAAGCUUCAGAGACUUAAGUCUGAAAAGUUUGGGUGCUUGCUGUGAAAGGGUUGGCCUUUCUAAAGAAUAAAUGUGUACAGAAGUAAGAUUUUUAAACCAAAGGGUUUUGCUCCAUACAUUUCUUUGUUAUUCAUUUUUUGUUGGGUCAAAUGUGACAACGUUACACAUGCAUAUCCAAUCCAAGGCUGUUUUCUUCUCUUCAAUUUUUAGCAUCUUAUUUUUUUGUCCUUCUUUAACUUGAAAGCUAAAGUCUGCUAUUUGAGUUAACUCUCAUCUCAUUGAAUGUUGCCCAAUUUUUUAAUAUUCUUAUUA